UGGGGCAGCUGGUGCAGAACGACCCCUGUGUGUCUCCCAGCUGGGGCCGCUGCCGUAUAGAGGUGCGCCUGGGGGAGCACCACAUCAGGGUGACCGAGGGGACGGAGCAGUUCAUCUCCUCGUCGCGCGUCAUCCGCCACCCCAAGUACAACCCCUACACCAUCGACAACGACAUCAUGCUCAUCAAGCUGCAGAGCCCCGUCACCCUGGGCAGCGACAUCCAGCCCGUGCCCCUCCCCACCAGCUGCGCCCCCGCGGGCACCAUGUGCCGAGUGUCCGGCUGGGGCAACACCAUGAGCUCGGUGAGCGGAGACAGGCUGCAGUGCCUGGACAUCCCCAUCCUGUCCGAACAGGACUGUGACAACGCCUACCCUGGCAUGAUCACCUCAUCCAUGUUCUGUGCCGGAUACAUUGAGGGAGGAAAGGACUCCUGCCAG